CUAGAUUGCACAACCAAACACCAUGGUUACGACCACAACGACGGUGACGACGGCGACGACGACGGUGGAUGACGAACCCCGAGACAACCGAGACAAGCGAUGGCGAAGGCGCCUGCUACGGUUUUGCGAGACUAUCCGCCAGCGACUGCCUUCACGGUCUUUUCGCCGAACGCCGAGCGAAGUGUGCCGUGCGGUGUGUGUGCCGUCUCUCUCGCGCCCACGUGCUUCGGUGCGGUAUGUUUGUGUGUGCGCGCGGAUCUCCCUCUCCCUGUCGUGCUCUCGUGUUUUUCAUUCGCCAGCAGCAGCAGCAGCAGGCAGCGUUGGGAUUUCGAUCCGGGGUUUUUCGGUGUUUUACGUUCAUCCGUCUCCACACAAAAUAACGACGUGUGGAUGAGAGAAGUACGGCGAAGCCCGCACGCAGCUUGGUGUACCGUAUAUAGGAGCCAAAACCAGCCGUAUCCCAGUGUCACCGAACGGAAACAACGAAGGUGCAGAAGUUAGUUAUGCUUUGAAAAGGAAUAAUACACACUUUUCGUACGGUUUUUCUCUCUCGGAAAAGUUGUGCUUUGAGGUGCGUGAGUGUGUGCUUCCCUAUUGUGUCGGGAGCCGUGCAUUUUUCUCUCGUUGACGGACAACAAAAAACGGCGUGAAGUGUUUUGUUGCAGCGGUGGAAAGUUUUGCACCACUUGCACCAGCAAGUGAGCUUUGUGUGUGUCGUGCGCGCGUAUGAGCGAGUGUGUGCGCUCGCGCGCCCGUCUAUUUAUGUGUGUGUGUGCGUCCGCAAAAAAGGGCAAGAUUUGGCAGAGAUCGUGAGAUUCCAGCAUUCCCGUGCAGCAGCAGCAGCAGCAGCAGCAGCAGCAGUGCGUGUGUGUGUGCGUAAAUAAGCUUUACCCGCCUGCGUGUGGUGGUGUGUGUGUGUGCUGAAAUACAAGUCCGGGCACGUUAGUACGAGCUGUGGGGUGGAAGGGUAAAGAAAAACGCCAACAAGAAGAAAACAACCUUGGCUGGUGAAGUAGUGUGCGUGCGCUCGUACGUGUGUGUGUGAGUGAGUGAGUUUGAAGCAAUAAUAUUUUAGGUGGAGUGUUGGCAGGAAGCACACAGCACAACCUUCAGUACACCAUCAUCUGUUGUGUCUCGAGCACACGUAUAUACACACACACGGCGCUAGUAUGUGCUGCUAUCUAGAGGAGCCUAUGAAAAUUGUGUGUGAAAAGAUUUGAACAGCCCGAAGGAAGAAGUGUGUCUCUGUGUGUUUGUGUGUGAAAAUUCGCCACUUUUCCUACAAAAAGUUAACAGAAUAACAGUGGAAUAUUGGAGGUGUAGUUAAUUGGCGUCUUCCAGUUUGGAGUUAGUGUAGUGCAACAGCACAUCAUCUACAUCCGGUUCCGACCCGGGUGGUUGACGGCAAGUGGCAGUGGCUGAUCCCCCUAAGUGCAUUGAAGAGAGUUUGUGUCUUCUUCCGGUUCAGAGUUCCUCGGUGUUGAAGUUCGAAAGCAAAAGUGUGCGUGUGUGCUCCGAUAAUAGGUGGUACAAGUGAUAUUAUGAUUACAUAAAAGAUUAUCAGUUCUGGCGCAAUAGGAAAAAGAACUGGCAACCAAACGGUACCACAACAACAACUACAACAAGAAAAAGUUCGUUGCUCGCUGCUACUGAACACCAAUCUCCCCCGAAACGGAGAGAACCCCGGUGUGGCGCAAAGCGUAGUCGCCGAGCAGUGUCGAGCCCGCGCACGUGGACGCAUCAAGCAAUGUCAUCCACGGCACCGGUAACGGUGAAACAGGAGAGGCAUGAUGAAGCCGAAAUCAAGGAGAUGGCGGCUAAGAUAGUGGAGGCGCACAAGCAACAGUCGGCCAAGGCGGCAGCGGCCGCAGUCCAGCAGCAACAGGUACAGCCGACCCGGCCAGCGACCGUAACGGCCACAGUAACGGCCAACGGUGUUACACAGGGCCAGACAAACAUACUGAACUAUUUGACGCGCAAACCGACCACCGUGCCGGCGGCGAACGCAACCAACGUUAUGGCGGCGGCCGGUGCGGCGGCGGCCACCGUUGCGCUGCCCCUGGGCAGUGGGCAGAGUGUGGCAUCCAAUGGCAGCGGCAAGGCGUACGAUGGUGGCGGAUCGGACGUGAACGGCAGUGGGGAAAAGAAGGCAAACGACGAGGAAAGCCAGAAGGGACACUUCGGGUGGGAGGUGUUCCCGAGCAAGGUGCACAUACCGUUCAUACUGCGCCAGCAGGAACGGUACUGUGCGGUGCGUAUGGUGGAGAUGAAGCUGCUGAACAAGUAUCUCAACUACCUGCACCAGGACAUCUACACGUGCACGUGCGUCCGGUCGUACUACAUCACGGACGCGGAGUGCAAGCUGCUGAACGAGAUUAACCAGAAGCACAGCGAUAUGCAGUUCGGGCGGGAGUUGUUCACGCUGAAGGAUCUGGUCGUGCGGGUCACGGACGCGUACAAGUUCUACCAGUUCCUGGAGGUGUGCUACAAGAAGCUGCUGAUGGGGUGCAGCACGCCGAACGACAAGUGUGGCUUCAUCCGCAUCAACAAGGAGUCGGUGGUGCCGUACACGGUGCGCGACUACCAGAAGAUGGUGCCGCUGUUCUACUUCGAGGGCGAAACGGACAACCUGAAGCUGAAGGCGGACAACCUGUCCGGGUGGGAUCUGUCGUACCUGAAGUUCUGCUGCAAGGUGCAGGGCAUACGGAAUGAGCUGUUCGCGAGCGAUUCGGUCGCGGUCAUCAGCCUGACCGACAUCAAGGGAUACUUUCCGCCCGGGACCGAGUUUGAGGAUUACUGGCCGAGCAAGGUCGUCGAUUCGCAGCUUCUGUCCGGCCCGAAGACCAACACCAUCCACUGGACGCGGCAACCGGCACAGCCACCACCCAAAGCACCGGCCAUGAUGAACAACAGUGCGCCGACACGGAAGGCGGCCAGUAAUGUCUACCAGACGCUACAAACCCAACAGAACAUUGCCAAAACAAGCAACCAAAUGAACAGUAUUACAGCCGCUGUACAGGCCCUCACCAACAACUGGAACAUGGUGCCAUCGACCCAUACCAACCUGCUCUCCCCCCAGCAGGAGCAACUGCUACGACUUAGUCAAGCCCAACAGGCGGCCCAGGCCCAGGCCCAGAUACGCAACAUCCAAAACAUGCACUCGAUGCAGCAGUACAACUCGUUCCUGAGCAGCAUGUCGCGUUCGUCACAAAACCAGCAGGUACCACCACCACUGGUACGAUCGGCACAGGUCCAAGCUCAUCUGUCUAACAUGGGAGCAUCGUUGCCCCCGCACCUGGUACAGCAGGCGGCUGCAGCGGCCGUCGCCCAGCAGCAGCAGCAGCAGCAACAGCAAUCACAACAGUCCGGCCGGCGUACGAACGCUUCCGCCUCGUCGGGCCUGUCCGGAGGACGGGGCGGAGUUUCGAUCAGCUCGUCCGGUGGGGCAGGUGGCAGCGGCGGUAAUGGCACGAGCGGAGGGGCCAACAGCUACCGGAACUCGAGUGUGGCCGCGAUACAGCAGCAACUACAGCAGCAGGCCCAGCAGCAGCAGCAGCAGCAGCAGCAGGCCCAGCAACAGCAGGUGCAGCAUCAGCAACACGCGGCAGCAACUGCUGUCGCGGCGGCGGCCAUCAACAGUCUGGCCGGCGAGACACGGCAUGGCAACAUGAUCGUGAUCCCGGAGAUGAAUCUGGGCGUUACGCAGUACAAACCGUACGAGGUGGUGAAGAAGCCGGUCGAGAACAAGAUCAUCUACUGCGUGAACAAAACGCCCUACCGGAACACGGAGUAUCUGAUGACGAUAUUCGAUCUGAAGGAUGUGUUCUUCCCGUACAUCAGUCUGGACGUGUGCCGGCGGGUGCUGAACGCUUUGGACAUAAAUCUCUUCGUUGGCAAUAGCUUACAGUACCAGGUGCUGCAGGAGGCAGGACGUACGAACGUGGACAAAAUGCCCAUGAUUCAGGUGACGGACGUGAUGACGUACAUGCCGCAGCUGCAGUACAUGAUCCGCAGUAGCAACCUGAACCAGGAAACGCAGGCAAACAAGCGGGCCCGCAUCAGCUAGGAAUUGGGGUGGGGGGUACAGCAGCAGUGCCCUCAGAGCACGAUCGUACCGGAUAUAAUAUCAUCAUCUACGUCGAGUCGUGUUGGCGCUGGCACUGGUGGCAUUGGCGAUUCGUUUACCGGUGGCGUUGGUGGCAUUACGGCGCCCGGCACUGGCUGGAGCAACCUUACACCGUCGCCAUCCUGCUCAUCGUUUUCGUUGGUGAGCAGCAGCAGUAGCAACGGUAGCAGCAGCAGCAGCAGCAGUGGAGCAACAGCCGGGCUUCGGGGAAAAUCAUCCCUCUCGUCGUCAUCAUCAUCAUCCGGUACAUCGUCUGCAGCAGCCGCAGCCGCUGCAGCUGCUGCUGCCCUAGCAAUAGCCGGCAUGUCUUCUACCGCCGCAUCGUCAUCCUCGGUAGUUGCUCCUGUCGGUGCGGCGGCGGCGACAAUGUUUUCCGGUGGAGCUUUCACUACACCCGCACUUGGUGGUGGCGGCAUGGGAACUGGCAUUACCUCCAGCACUAGUUCCGCGUCUGCAGCUGCUACCGGUUCCAGUGGUAGUAUGUAUGACAAGAAAACCAUGUCCUCCUGCCGGUAUCAGCAGGAUAAGAUAGCUGCUACACCACAGAUAAGCUCCUCGUCGAUCGCCGACUACUACUCCGACGCCGCGUCCGGUGGAACGGCGGCUGCUGCGGCUGCAGUUGCUGCGGCCGCUGCAGCUGCUGCCGCCGCUGCCGGUCGCAUGCUGGGCCACGGAUCGUCUCUAGUACCCCCCUCCGUUUACUCGUCAUUCCAAGAGUCGGCACUGGUGGCCGCUGCCGCCGCGGCACAACAUCAGCACCACGCGCAGACCCAACCGGCCCAGCAUCUGCCAGCGCAACCGGUAGCAAUUAACAACAGCCUGUUUUCACCGCACUUUGCAACGGGCUCACCGUACCAUCAUCCACCGAUGCAAGUUGGUGCUGGUGGUGCGAGUGGUGGCGUUGGUGCCAGCAGCAGCAGUGCGUACGAAACGAGCUCGGCCGCGCGUUCAUGCGCCCUACCUUCGCCUACCAUUUAUCCACCAACUCCACCCCCGUCUGCGCCAUGGAUCCAUCCCUGGUACGGUGGGGACACGUUUUAGUCAACGCUCUAGUUCCUUGUGUUGCUUGCGUACGCAACAUCAAAUGAUUUCGUCGUCGCUGACAGAGCGCGCAUCACAGUGAAAGUAAGGCAACAGCGGCGCCUCUACCCCCACUACACACACACACACACACAGGAGAAAAAGGUGUGUGUGUGUGUGCGUAUAUGGUUAACGAAUCGAGGAAAUGUAGUGUGGAUGUGAGAGAAACAAAACAGUGGUUGUAUUUUCAAACAUGUCUCCUGUAUGUAAGUGCUUUUCGCUAUCGAAGGAAAAGCUUUCGAGCCACAGCUAGAACGAAUCUCUCUCAGUUGGGGAAUGGGGAAGUUAGGGCGGGCAGACGUGAAACAAAAGUUACUAUCGCUCUUCGGCGACCUUAUCCUUAGAACUUAAAUUAUUCUUAAUAGAUACUGUGGUGCCCCUGUUGUGGUGGUGAUGGUGGUCACCCGGAGCACGCAACCACCACUGUGAACAUCGUUGGUCGAUUAUUUGGCACCUCAUGUCCGACCGACACAAAGUACUCUAGGGGAGAGCAUAAGGGAACGCAUACCUAGGCAUCAUGAGAUAUCCUUAGCAAUGAAUUAAUUAGGUGUUUUAAGAAACAAAAACUCACAUCAAACUGUAAGGGAUACGAGAACCUUUUAAAACAUGUCUCGCAACAAAAACUUUCGCUAAUCCCCGCCACGAACGAACUAUAUUUAGCAGCAGCAGGCGCAUAUGAAAUAUGACUGAAGAACGCGCAGAGGAUGCUGCGGGGACUGCACCACAAGUUGACGUGAGAAAUGCAGCUCGGUCCGCAGCAGGAGAGGACAAGCGAACAAAAGAGAAGGACUUUUCCGACAGGACAUACCAGAGAGAGCGAGAGAGAGAGAUGGAUGUGAAUAACUAGAAACUUCGAAGCAAAACAUUAGACUGAUUGAGCGACUAUGACAAGCGCAAAGAAGCAAAAACCCGAGAUUCCAGUAUGAAAGUGAGUAGUUCUCGCGUCACCCAAGAAAAAGAAGAAGAAAAGUACUUUGACCCUGUUCGAAUGCUUGGGAGGAAGUGGCGAACUGGAAGCGAAUUGUUGGAAGAGAGAUCGGUUAGAGCCCCAUCCGCUCCUCCAAAAUCUGUGUUAACCACCGACUGUAGAGAAUAUUGCAAACAGAAAACGAAACAAACAAACAAAAAACUACAAUGUAUUUCGUUUAUUUCCAACAAUACAAGAAGGAAAGAAGAAACCGGCUCGCUAUGAGGAGUCUGGAAAGUUAGUAAGGUUUUUCUUGGUUUUUUUUUCUCUCUCUUAAGGAUACACGAGAUGAGGAUAGGUUAGGCGUUACCUUUUAUCAUUACGAUUAUUUAUUUUUCCAUAAAAAAAAACCGGAACAACAAGAAAAAGGUGUGACAAAUUAGGCGGCGUUGCGCCAAUUCGAUAGAGAGAGAGAGCGAUUACGAACAAAUUGUAGGUAAGUGUGAAAGGGAAUAUGUAUAAGUAGCAGUUUUGUAUAGAAGCGCGAAUCAUUUGCGGGAAACUGUUUUUCCAUUUUUUGUUCUCGUUAUUGUUGUGUAAAACCAGCGCUAUUCUAUGCAUAGCGCGCGCCCAGAUGAUAAUGGUGGCAUUAUUAUUGUUUACGUUUUUUUUCUUUCUUUAUUUUUUGGUUUAAUUUUCUCUCUCACUGUCACAUCAUAUUCACCAUAACACAGAGCAUAAUAGGGUUAAGAAACUAGCCGGGAAAGUGAACGCAAAGUGAACGCGCCGUGUACAGGAAAGGAGUCCUUAGUAUGGGGGGGGAAGAGCAAUUGAAGCAAGGGAAGCGACACUACUGGGCCACAGUAAGUCGUCGCCAGUAAAAAAUCGGUCAGAAAAUACGGUUGAACUAGUUAGUGUUUGAAAAUCCGCAAGCAAGUUUUGGGUGGGGUUGAAUGCAGUUUUUGGAGAAUUAUUACACAAAACUGAUGAAUAAGCAAAUAACAAUAAAGUAAAAGCUUGAGCAGGAGGGCGAAGCGAAGAACGGGGCAGACAGCAACCUCCUAUGCUGCCACAGCAACAGGCAGCAGUCCCUGGCAAAUUAA